AUGGUAUCAUGGGCGAAUGCUCCCUAUGUACAUUUCUCCAAUAGCAGUCAUCUCGAUUCAUUGUCCAACAACACCGACCCAUAUACGAUAUACUAUGGCCAAGAAGCUGUUGUUUCUCCUUCAAAAGUCAUAACCUAUGGAGUUUUGAAUAUCACUGGAAUUGCUUUACUCUCACUAUUGUUAGGAACAAUAUUCUAUUCAAAGUUGAGAAAGACAUCAAGAUCCAUAUCCAGAUCAGAAUCGAAAAUACAAAGAGAUCCAUGUUUGAUUAACGCUUUUAUAGUAUUGAUUUUGGUUAGCUUGUUAAAUAUCUUAUAUUGGUUAGCUUCAGAAGGAACUAUAACGAAAUAUGAGAUUGUUUACCUGCCCCACGUCAAGCUGUGUAGAGCUCAAGCAAUCUUGCAAGCUGGUUCUCAAUCUGCUCAGGUAUCAGUGGUGUCAUCAGUCGUCAUAAGGUUAUGGCUUAAGACUAUAAGCAUAACAAGACCGUGGUACGAUAAAUUUCGAGGGAGGAAGACUUUGAUUUUUCUUUUGGCUGUACCAUAUCUUUGUGUCAUAGGAUUUGUGCCGAAGAUGGUCAUACUUACUAACGACCCAAAAAGCACUUUGCUGAUUCCUACACCGUUUUAUUGUUCUCUUUUGGAUCUAGAAAUUCGUAGAUCUUAUCAAAUACUAACUGGAGUAAUCGCUCUGUUCACGUUACUCAUAGAGCUUUGGAUAAUCCAAUUGAUAUCCUCCCAAUUCCGACAAACGAGUAAAACGUCAGAUACUGCCAUCCAAUCAGUCAACGCUUCUCAAGGUGUUCAAAUUGAUACUAUACAUCCACAAAGGAAAAUCAAAAUCACAUUUUAUAUAAGAGUUUCAAUAUUUCUCAUUUGGACAUUAGGAAUGCUCUUCACCAGUUUAUGGCAAGCUUUCGAUAGUACAAUCACGGACGCUACUAGUGAUUUGGUAUUUGCUUGUAUGGGUAUACUUGCUUUCAUCUGUUUUGCCACCCAGGCAGAUAUACUUGCAGCAUGGAACAUUCCAGCUACGAUUCCUGAAUGGAGAAGGAAAUUUAAACUUGAUCCUCCAAUCGAAUCGACACCCAAAAUACCUAGAUCGAGAGGAGAUCGCAACAAUCAUAAUUACAACGAGUUUGAUCGCUAUUACACGCAGGACAACACAAAAGAGUAUCCUCACAGCCAACCUCGCUUUACACGCCCUACGCCAACACCAAGAGGAUUAGGUUUAUCAAUCGAAUUAGGCGAUUUUAUAGGUAAUUCAAAUCAAGCUUCUGAUGUCGAUCCCUGGUCAAAUCGACUCAACCUCAAUUCAGAUAUCGAAAGAGGACAUACCCUCAAUCCAGGCAUAAUGCCAGAUCAACAUACUGCCAAUUUAGAGAAAGUGGGGAAAUCUGAAGCUGAUCAUGUAGAACGUAUAGAUCAAGUCAAUGAAGAAGAAGAAGUAAUACAUUUACCUAUUUUGGAUUUAUCAGGCAACACAAUCACUUCGCAGCAUAGGCAAGGGGAUUAA